UCUCAACCUCGUUCUCCAUCGUUUGGAAACUAGGGUUUCCACUUCUGGUUUUGCCUCCUCCUGUUUGUUCUUACCUAAAAUUAUCGCCCUUUUUUCAUGUGAUAGUUGGAUUAUUCACUAAAUUUUACUAUAACUUCAAUGUAUUUUAACCUUCUCUCUCUUCCUUCUGAAAUGGUGAAAAUGCAGCUUAUUGUUCCUUUGAGGCCAUGAAAGAUAUGUUUUUUUCUAAUUUCAAAGCAGGUCAAUAAGAAUACACUAUCAGAGUUGCUUAACAGAAGAUGGAUGAUGCUUCAUCCAGAUACCAAGAUCCACCAGAUCUCAUUUUUUGAUUUAACAGGAGAGCAUAAAGAUGCAUCAAGUAUCAAGUUAUCAUUCUCCAACAAUACUCAACCAUCUUUAGGUGAUGGCCUUCAAGGGGUGAAGAAUUCUGAGAAUUAUCUUUUUGUGGUAAGAGAUGAUUUGUUACACCCAUUUGUCAAUGGAAAUAAGGCAAGGAAGCUAGAUGCUCUACUUCCACUUCUACAGGCCCAUGGAGUGACUGAUGUGGUUACAUGUGGAGGAUGUCAAAGUGCUCAUGCAACAGCUCUAGCUGUUUCAUGUGCUGAGAGAGGACUAAGAUGUCAUUUACUUUUACGGGGAGAACAGCCGGAAACUCAAACAGGUUACAACCUACUAUCAGGGAUGUACGGUGGCGUUACGUAUGUACCGAGGUCACUUUAUGCAAAUAGGGAAGAAAUGCUAAAUAGACACGCAUACAAAGUUGCAGGCAGCCAUGGCUCAGUGGUUUCCUUGGAUGAUAUGCUGGAUUCAUCUUUACUGCUUCCUUCUAGGCAAAUGAAUGUUGCAUCUCUGGGAAAUGAUAGCAGACAUCAAUCUGCAUCCAAAGGAAGUACAAGAAAGGUUGUUAUAGUGAAGGAAGGUGCAGGAGAUGCCAUAGCCUUGCUAGGUGUCAUGAGACUUGUGGAUUAUCUAUCUCAAACUCAAAUAUUUGGACGGAGUCACUCUCUGAAAAUUGUUGUAGAUGCUGGCACAGGGACAACUGCUGUUGGAUUAGCAUUGGGGGUCUUGUGUUUGGGGUUGCCUUGGGAAGUAACAGGAAUAAUGUUGGCUAAUACUAUUGAAGGAUAUAGAAAGCAAGAAGCCCGCUUGAUUUCUGACUUCAAGAGGUUUUGUGGUUGGGACAUUGACUAUGCAUCAAACGGCGCAGGCUCUAACUGCGUACAGUGGGUGGAACGAAUCUCUCCAAGGAAGUUUGGCAAUACAUUAGAAGGAGAAUUGGAGGCAUGCCAACAAAUUGCAAGGCAAACAGGCAUUCUAGUCGACCCUGUCUAUACGCUUGCUGCAUGGCAGCAUGCAACUGCUUUCUGUCAAAGUCUUCGAGAAAAUGACAAUGCAAAGGUUGUAAUGCUUCACACAGGCGGCACGCUUGGCUUGUUUGGAUUGGCUCAGAGAUACAAGAAUUACUUUCACGGGCUUCAGCAAAGUAAUCACGGAUGAUUGUCCAAGACUGUGGAUAGUUGGAUCAUUAUCCAAUCUCGAAACAUGGAUACUUAUGCAAGUCACCAUUACUUAAGCAACCUUGCAUCUCAAAGUAAGGAAUAGGCUCAAGGUUAGAUGGUCAAGGUGGUGGUACAUCAGAACUUGAUGUCCUGAGUUCGGUUCCUGCAUUUAUGAACUCCCAAAAAAAAAAACACACUUGCAUCCGAAAGUUGGUGGUUGACUCUUCCUGCUUGGAACUGAGAGAAAUUUUUGUUUACAUGGAACCAGUAGAAAUUUUAUUGUAUCAUUCCCUCCCUUCUAUUUAUUGGAGAGAGAGUGUGUGUGUUUUAUGAAACUCUUUGACCGCUGAAUUUACAGUAUCCUACUUUCAUCUGAUCA